UUCAUUCUCUUGUCAAUUCAUGUGCGACACAAUCUGUUUCGUAUAUUGACUUUGGUCUAAUGGCGUGGAGCUCAAAAUUAUCGUAAUAAAAAGGGUGCAGUGGUCAGAGUAUUAUUUAAUCUAGUGUAAGAUCUUCAAUAAAAUAGUUAGUCAUCUUAAACCUGUAUCGUUUCAUCCAGAACAGUUAAUAGAAAUACCGUUUAGCGAUUCUGUAAAGUUGAUUCAGUUGUGUGCAGUUUAGUGUGUGUGAACGUAAUGUGGUCUUUUUUCUCACGCGAUUCGUCUAAAGACUUCCCUUAUGAAAUUGGUGAUCCAGUGCAACAGUUCAACACCAAGAGUAUUUGGAGUCUGUUCCGUGGCAAACGAAAAGGUUCAAACGAUGAGGUGUCGGUCUUUACCUACGAUAUCAAAAAUGGUUCGGAUAUUAAGCUGGAAUUAGCUAGGGCCGCACUUAAGCGACUCAAAACGCUCCGCCAUCCCAGCAUACUGCAAUUUCUGGACAGUCUGGAAUCCGAUAAAGUCUUAUACGUGGCAACAGAACCGGUCGAGCCGCUUGGAACACAUAUCGGCAAUCUAGCUGCUCAAGGACCUCAGCGCGAUUUGUAUUUGGCCUGGGGUAUAUUUCAAAUCACGCGUGCAUUAUCAUUUCUAAAUAAUGAUGGCAACCUGAGACACAACAAUGUAUCGAUAUGGUCGGUAUUUAUCAAUACAUCAGGCGAAUGGAAAUUGGGUGGACUGGAAUACGUAUCCUCGGCUGAGUUACCUGUUGUCCCACCGAUAAAAAUACCACCUUCUUUGGAAAUUUAUGAUCCACCGGAAAAGAAUGACGCUAGCAAAUUAAGAACGGCUACAAAAUGUUCGAGUGACAUGUGGGGUCUUGGCUGUCUGGUGUGGGAAUCCUUCAAUGAACCUUUGAAAACACGAGGACACCUUAAAAAUAUCGAAAGGAUCCCAAAAUCGUUAGCUCCAUUGUAUUGUGAGCUUGUUGGUGCCACACCCGCUAAUCGACCAAAUCCCGCUGAUGUUAUCACCAAAUGUCGCAAACCUGGCGGAUUCUUCAAAAAUGACUUAGUUGAUUCCUUACUUUUUCUGGAAGAAAUUCAAAUCAAAGAUAAGAUUGAGAAGAUGCGUUUUUUUAGCUCCCUCACUGCGCAAAUAGAUAAUUUUCCUGACAAUGUCUGUAGGUACAAAAUUCUUCCGCAACUUAUAACAGCCUACGAGUACGGCGAUGCUGGUUCUGCUGUUUUAGCUCCAAUGUUUAAGUUGGGACGGCUUUUAGACGAAGGCGAAUAUCAGAAGCGAAUAGUGCCAUGUGUAGUCAAGUUAUUUGCUUCAACUGAUCGUGUAACGCGCUCACGUUUGCUACAGCAACUCGAUUUGUUUAUUUCGCACUUGCAGCCAAAUGUAGUGAAUGAUCAAAUCUUUCCUCAAAUUGCACAUGGUUUUCUAGACACUAAUCCGACUAUUAGAGAACAAACCGUGAAGUCAAUCAUCCAUUUAGCGCCUAAACUUAAUUAUAACAACCUGAAUGUAGAAGUGUUGCGUCAUUUUGCUCGACUUCAGUCGCGAGACGACCAGGGCGGUAUUCGAACAAACACCACUGUUUGUCUUGGUAAAAUCGCACCCCAUCUACAUCCACAAGUGCGGCAACGUGUACUUGUGUCUGCCUUUAUUCGAGCUAUGCGUGAUCCAUUUCCACCGUCGCGAGUAGCAGGAAUAUUAGCGCUUGCAGCUACUCAGCAGUACUUCUUGUUGAAUGAAGUUGCUAUACGUAUACUACCAGCACUUUGCCCACUCACAACAGACCCUGAGAAAUCGGUCCGCGAUCCUGCCUUCAAAACACUACGUGGGUUUUUGGGAAAGUUGGAAAAAGUAUCGGAAGACCCCAGUCUACGCGAAAGCAUGGAGGCUGAUGUUCAUACAGCGACUCCGUCGCUCGGUAACGCUGCCGCAACAUGGGCUGGGUGGGCAGUGACAGCAGUUACUGCCAAAUUCUACCGCAGUCAAAGUGACACAGCCCGACCGAAGCCACCACUUACGGGUAAAACCUUGAGUAAGCCUGCUUCUUUGGGUAUGUAGCAACCUUUUGAUUUA